AUGCCAUCAUUCAGCCUUGGAUUGACUGAUUCAAGCCAGGAGGGGGCAUCAACGCAGGAGACAGAAAGGGAAAAAUCUCCAGAAACUGCAAGUAUGCUAGAACAAUUAGACAGUUUGGUCCAAAAAUUAGCAAGCAGUGCGGCGAAGGAAAAAGACGAAAGUCCACAAAUUCAGAGGGAGACUAGGGGAGAAAGUUCUGCAAAGUUUGAAAAUCCUGGGGGAAUAAAUCGAAUUCCAGAUGAUAUGAAACAAAAGUGCUACAUCUGGGGGACGAGACUGAAGGAAGACGCAGAUGGCAAUACUGACGAGUAUGAGGAGAUUUGCACUCUGAUUGGACAAGAAGAAUACAUUUUGAUGAGAAUGCACCUUGCAUCCCUCCAGGCAAAAAGUGAUAUAGAAUCUCAGAUUGUAUCUGCCAUCUGCCUCAUCCUAAACCAGAAAAAUGAAAAGAGGUUUCAGGAACAAAUAUACUGUCUCCCCCCCGAUAUUGUGAGCAUGGCACUUUCGGAUCACCCAAGGGGGGAAUUCAUAUCCCCGAAAACGAAAAAGGAAUUCAGGGUGGAAGCCUACCCGAGUUUCAUUCACUUCAUAGAUAGAAAAAAAUUAAGUUCGCAUCCAUAUGGAUAUAUAUUUUCAAGAUUGAUAACAUAUGCUGGCGGGGAACCUCUGGCAAAAAGGGAGAACGAGAAGAAAAUUAAAGCAUCAUAUGUUAAAAUAUCAAGGCAAAAAACAAGUUAUGACUGCGCUAUCUACGUAAUGAAGUGGCUUGAGUUAAUUGAGCUGGAAAACAUUAAAAAGGGGAAGUAUGAAUGGGAUAAUUGGCCACAGGAGGAGGUGGACCACUAUAGAGUGGAGUAUGCUUCCCGGAUACUAUUCAGUGAGAUGAAUAAACAAAGAGAUUGGGCAAUUAGAGAGAGUAGUGCUAUAAGGCUGUCGAAGCCAUCCUCUGUAUUAUUGAGUCCAUUUUGUCAGAUUAAUUCUGCUGAUAUAGAAACUGGGUAA